AUGGCGUUACAACUGUCAAUUUUGCCAAAGUUGGAGAAGGAUGCAGAGGCUGUAGUGCGCCGUAUAGAUGUUUUACUCGCAUCAUUAAAAUCUUCAUUAAGUCAGAUGUCAAGCCUUACGUUAGAUUGUACAAAUGUAUUUUCAGAUUCUGUUGAUUAUACAUGCGAAACUAUCAGUACAUGUAUAAAGUCUACCUACGUACUGAUGGCCAAGUGUGAAGAGCUGUCUAAAUCAAUGUCACAGCUUGAACCUUUAAAAAAAGAAAUUGAAAGUAUAAAACGAACUCUAAGCAAAUUUGAAGAGGCAUUGUACACAUCAUCGAAAUAG